GUUCCUGUUAGGAUUAAGCUAAGCACCAUUCAAGAGGCACUCAGAGAGAAGAAGCGAGGAGCGUGAGAACAACCUGAUCCAGCGGAGUCUGUGAAAGAUGAGAGAUGCACCGGGAAAAGGGGCACUGACAGGGGUGGAAGAGUAAGACAUGUGCAGGGAGCAGCUAUCGACAAGAGAGACGCUGAGAUAAGACAUAUCUCGUUUGCAUCCAAGUGAAUCGAGCUGAAGUGAGAAUAAUUUGACUUUUGCAGUGAAGCGUCUAGAGACAUGCGCACGAACGCGCCAUUCUAAAAUGAACCAACUUUUACGCACGGACCUUUGGAGAUGCGGGCUUUAUCUAAGGAGGAAUUUCCUGCAAUUUAUAAACGGGAGCUCCUUAUCUGGGAACUGUUAACUGGAAUUUGGAAGGUCUUUCAUUGUAUUUCUUUUCUAAAUCUCACAUUUGGAGACAUUUUUGGAAUCUUAGUGGAGGCUUUGAGGUACCCUUCUAACAUGCAGAAUGAUACAAUAUAAAGUAAGUGUUUGCCCAUAGCCUUCGUAUCGUAAGACCUUGCAUUACGCACCUGUCCCACCAGCCUUGACGUCUCAUUCUAUGAGUUUUCAAAACAGCGGCAUGGAAAGAGUCAGACGUCUAGCCUGCUUGUGAGUCAGCCUUGUGAGCAAACAUUAAGACGCGCUACGCUUAAUAGCAGUGACACAUUUGAGGAUAUUUACCAGUGGCAGCCUUGCACCAGUGCACAGCACACGACCCCGAGACGAGGCUCGGCACAGACGGGGAGAAUUGGACGCCGAGGUGCUAAAUGCCCAGCCGGUCGCUUGCGGCUCCUCAGGCUGGGCGGCGACAUGAGGUCCUGGGUCCUGCUGCUGCUGCUGGCUGCGCUCUCAGCGGCCCGUCUGCGGCUCGGCAGCGCUGAGGGUGAUCCUCUCCCGACGUCGCUGGUCGACUUGGUGAGGAACUCUCCUAUCUCCUCUGUGGACGACCUGAAGCUUCUACUGCAGCGGGAGACCAAUAUAAUAGAGGAAGAAGACGAGCAUGAUAUACCCUCCAACCACACCCAUGGACGUUACACAAGAAGUCUGGUGGAGGCGCCGAUGGCCCAGCAGGCUGCGUGUAAAGUUCGUACAGAGGUGAUGGAGGUGACAAGGUCCAUGCUAGAUCGCCGCAACGCCAACUUCAUAUUGUGGCCACCCUGCGUGGAGGUGCAGCGAUGUUCUGGAUGCUGCAACACCAGGGUACUGCAGUGUGUCCCCAUAGUCACUUCCAGCAGAUACUACAGGUACACAGAAAUCCAGUACAUAAACAGGAAACCCCACUACGACAAAGCCAUCAUCUCAGUGGAUGACCACGUUACCUGCCGGUGCCAAGCUCCUUCAUCUUCCUCAUCCUCUUCAUCCUCAUCUUCUGUUUCGAUUCCUCGGCCUCCUAUUUUAAGCAACCCCAACCCACCUCCACCACAGCAGCCUCCCCAGUCCUCCCACCUCCUGCGGCCUGUUAACCCUUCUCCUCCAAAGACUCAUUCUUCUAAGGCCGACCUUCAUCGCCAUGAUGACCUGAAGCACAACCAGCAGCACUACAAUCCUGAGGAGCGAGAUCCAGUGGCGAGGCAGUGGCAGCAGGGCAGUUACACCCAGCUGGUUCACUGGACACAACCCAGGGUGAACCAAAUGCCAACGCACUUGCAGCCAGGGGUGCACCAACCAAUCGUUGGGGUGCUCGCGCCAGUAAGCAGCUGGCCAUCUGAAGCCAGGGCAGAGCAUAGCAUCAUGGGAAGUACACAAUCUAUCGGGCACGGCAGCGGGUUUGACGGAGGCAAGGAGGAAAGUGGCGCACAAGUAGCAAACAGCGGAGGGGAGGUUCAUCAUUCAGAUCACAUGCAAAGACAGCAACAGUUGUUGCAGCAUCAGCAACGACAGCAGCAGCUUCAGCAACAAUAUCAGUAUCAUCAACAGCCGCAUUAUCCAACACAGUUCAACCCUGCAGCAGCACAGGAGCAAGAGUUGAGGACACAAUAUCGACUAAACGCUCCACAAUCAGACAGCGCCUCUCCACCUGCCCCCCCAACCACACUGCCCACAUUAGAUUUUAACCCCACCUUUCCUCUCACCACCAAUCAGAAAGACUCAGUGUCCACCCAAAAAAUUACAACAGAGGUCACAAAUCACAAACAGACUGAGACUGCAACGGCCAGUCAGAAAGAAGGGAAUGAGAGGGAGGAGAGUGGGUCAGCAAACAGUGGGGCCGGGGUAGAGCUGGCAAAUCAGGGGAAGACAAAAGACUCAAAAGUUAUCAGUGGGUAUGGUCAUUUGACAGAGGAGGAGAGGAGGCGACUCACUCUGGAGACUAUACAGAGGGAGUUGGAACGAGAGACUCAUCUUCAUCCUCAUCAUCCUCAGCAAAGUCCAAAACCGACCACAUUUAAAACAGUGCUCUCCACAGUGUCUCCUGUCAUGUCUUCAGCACGGCAGACCCCGUUCCGACCAGCCUCGCCUCGCCGCAGGAGGAGGAAACACCGCAAACGCAUUAGCAAGUCAGCCAUCAGAGCCAUGAUCAUGUAGAGCUGCAGGAAAUGGUCAAGCUUACCAGAAGCUUUGGAAGGACUCAUUGCACCAAAGGAAUAUGGAGAAACUUGUGGGAAUAUGACUCUGUGGACAAAUGAAUGAUGGACACCUCUGCUGUUUUCAAUGGAAAGCUUCUGUGAGAGUCAUCUCUCCUUCUUCAGAGCCGCCACAGAGCAUCAAGCUUGAUGGAUAUAGUAAAAGUGCAAUCUUAUAAACUCCUUGAAAUGGAGGAUCUCUGACAAACUAAACACUGGAUGUUUUUUUUGUAUGAACCACAAAUCCAGUUAAAGUGGACUGAUUCUGAUCAGAUUCCCAGAAAUUGACUGGUUUGAACACUUUGGACUUCUAACUCAACUACUGAAGGGUCCAUUAAUGGUGGACUAUGAUUUUACUAAGAAGUCAUAAUUGGGGUCUAAAUAUGGAGCUCAAGAUGAAACUGGAAUCAUGGAAAAUGGGAUUCCUACACUGGGAUGAUAACUGGAAACGAGAGUGUUCAGCUCAAGCAUCUAUGUCAAACAUUACUGUUAUCCUACAAUGUCUGAAUCUAACUUUAUCUAACACUGGAGUAGCCAUACACUGAUCAUACUACAUUGACUAGAGGAGUGCUCUACUGUGUACUGUAGCUUAAUGUACUGGAAAAUAUUGAUAACCUGCUCAUUUUGUACUACUGCCAGAUCCAAAUGGAAUACCAACCAAAUGCCUGCCUAGAAAACAUGCUAUGAUUAUCCACAUUAAAGCAAGUCUUAAAGACCUGGCUUCUAGAGAACGCUGUGAGCCAGUUAUAGCCAACACUGUAUGUAAAAAUGCUUCUAGAAAAUUAUUUCUGUGGAGGAGAUGAAAAACUUUAUUUCUUAACUUAUUUAAAAAAAAGGAGGAUGUCCUCCAGUUCUCAAGUGUAAUUAUUGUUGCAGACGUCUCAGACUAUAAUUAUUGGUUGUACAAUUGUUACUGUUAUGAAUGUUAUUUUUAAUAAAAAAUCAAAAUAUUCAACAAAUA